GAUUACAGCUGUUUUCAAAUUUGUCUUGAAAUGCUCUGAGCACGGGGAAAUUAGGACCUUUUGUUAGACUUUAUCUUCCGGACCGCAUGACAAUGGAGGGCCCCGUUACGCCAUUCGUCCCGUUCUCUCCAGAGCUAGACAUAGUGACGGAAGACCAACAUACGCAUUCACCAGUGCGAAAGCGAGCGCGUCAUACUGGCAACAUCAGCAACACAGCAUCCGAGUCUGGACAAUCUCCUGUCAUGGUUUUGGAGGAAUCGAAGGCUCCCAUGAGGGACGAUACAUACUACAUGGCUGAUGGGAGCUGCAUUCUUCGUGUGCAGAACACGUUAUUCAAAGUCCAUCGCACAAUCUUGUCCAAGGAUCAGUCAUCCUUCGGGCCUAUGUUUACACUCCCACAAGGUGAAUUCGGGGAAGAAGGGAUGUUAGAUGAUCAUCCCAUCGUUCUGCAGGGAGAUACUACGGAGGAGUUCAGACAUUUCCUCUGGGCACUCUAUGCCCUACCCUCAGAACUAAUGAUAGUCCAGUCUCCAAAAGCCGAUCUCAGCCGACUAAUAGACAUCGCGAAGGUGUCCAGCAAGUACUCUUUCAAGUCGACAGAAACAUGGGCAUUGGACGCAAUCCAAGAGUACCUUGAACGGAACACAUCCCCCUUCUUCAACGACAACCCUCUAAUUCGCAUGUUCCCUACUUUAAACACUCGCUCUUCGGCUCUUUUGGAAAGUGAAGGUCAAAUUGCUCGCUUGAUCAGACUUGCUCAGAUGUGUUCGCACUCACGUCUGAUGGACACGAUGAUUCAACUUCUUCAAAAGCUAAUGUCUGGUUCUUUGCAUUAUUCAUAUCUGGCCAUGACCCUCGCGGAUGAGUUUAACCUUAGGGACCUGCGAGGCGCGGCGUAUCUCGAAGUCAUGCAAACGUCGGUCUUUGUUUGCCCUGGAGUGGCUAAUGAUCACACAUACGUGGAGGGUGACAUUCAGGAAACGAGUGAGGGGCCGCAGCGGCUGGUGGUCAGCCCGGUGCAGCAGCUGAGACUUCUGUCGGGAUACCACCGCCUUUCUAAGGCAUGGGACAGAUUGCGUGCUGUCCCUCCGCAGUUCGAACACUCGCCGUCCUGCGGUGCGACGUGGCACCAACAUGGAUGCACUCAGAGCUGGACAGAUUUUUGGAAGGAGAAGACAAGGUCAGAAGGCGUGCUAUCUCUCGGCUGCGCAAAUGUCCUCGGGAGAUUGGGCAUCAUUAUCAAGGAGUUUGACAAGUGGGGAUCUGCAACAUAUAUGCACCACGAUUGCAAGUCUGCGGCAAGACGGUCUAUCCACGAGAAGGUGAAGCAAAUGCAGCAAGCGUUGCCGGAUUAUUUUACAGAAGGUGGUGAAUAUUAAUGUCCAUCCGACUCGAUAGAAUACAUUCCAUACGUACUACUGCUAGAUAUUGUACUUGUACAAAUUUUUGUUGUUGAGUAAGCAGGUUCGUCAAUAGAGUAGAAACGGCCACCACAUAAGUUCAGGUUUGCCCUAGUCGCCCUUUCCCGGCAGCGGUCCUCAUACUGCUGGAAGUGGAAGUCGCAUGAGUAGUGUUGCGCCUAUUCCAAGGACCAUCUUGUAUG